AUGUCUUCGUUUGGCUUAUUUGAAGCAUCCAUAGUUUUCUUUUGCUUUCUCAUAUCCUAUUACUUUCUCAUCAAGAAACCUUUUGAUUACUUCAAAAUCAAGAAAACCCUUCAAAGCUACCCUUGGAACUGGCCAAUUCUUGGGAUGUUUCCGGGUUUGGUCGUGAGACUGAACCGGAUCUAUGACGGUGUCGAGAUUCUCGAGAACUACAACAUGACGUUCCCAUUCAAGGGCCCGUGGUUCGCUGGAAUGGAUAUGUUAGUCACGGUUGAUCCAGCUAAUGUUCAUUAUAUAAUGAGCUCUAAUUUCUCCAACUACAUCAAAGGCCCUGCGUUCCAAGAAGUUUUCGAAGUUUUCGGAAACGGACUACUCAACUCGGACUCGGAGCGAACCAACAACCUGAGGAAGUGUUAUCAAGCCAUGCUUCAUGAUCCAAGGUUUCAAAGGUUUACAAUUUUUGCCACAAGAAACAAACUCAAAGACGAACUUCUGCCUCUUCUUGAUCAUUUUGCAAAGGAAGGGACGGUCGUAGACUUGCAGGACGUGUUCCGGAGAUUCACCUUCGAUGCAGCCCUAGUUACACUAGGUGUGCCUGAUCCUAGAUCUCUCUCAGUUCAAAUGGCUAACGAUGAGCUGUUUAAAGCCGUCGAAGAUGUUGAAGUAGCGAUGGUGUAUAGGCACUUGAUACCAAGAUUCAUGUGGAAGCUGCAAAACAGGAUGGGAUUGGGACAAGAGAAGAAGUUGACAGAAGCUGAUGCCACCUUUGGUCGUUUGUGUGGAAAAUACGUUUCUGAUAAGAGAGAUGAGAUACGAAAUGAGGUCACUAAUGAAGAAGUUGUGGAUCUUUUAACGUUCUUCAUAAAGUUCGAGCUCUUGGAUCCUAUUGAUGAUAAACUCCUCAGAGACGUCUUUGUGGGUUUCAUUUUAGCGUUUAGAGACACUAUUGCAUCUACACUCACUUGGUUCUUCUGGCUUCUGUCCGAAAAACCUCACGUGGUGACCAAGAUUCACCAUGAGAUCCAAGAGAAUCUACCAAGAUCCGGUAGUAGCAAGGAGAGACCGUCAUAUGAUCCAGCAGAGCUGGAUAAGUUGGUGUAUCUACAUGGAGCAUUGUGUGAAUCAAUGAGGCUAUACCCACCAGUUCCAUUCCAACGCAGGUCAGCGAUCAAACAAGAUGUUCUUCCAAGUGGUCAUAAAGUGGAUGCAAACUCAACGAUCAUGAUUUUUGUUUACGUGAUGGGGAAGAUGAGAGCGGUUUGGGGAGAAGAUGCAUUGGAGUUCAAGCCAGAGAGAUGGGUUUCUGCGACUGGAGGAAUAAGACAUGAGCCUGCUUACAAGUUCUUUGCAUUUAAUGCCGGUCCAAGAGCUUGUCUUGGCAAGAACAUGGCUAUGACUCAGUUGAAGACAGUGGUUGUUGAGAUAUUACAAAACUAUGAUGUUGAGGUCGUAAAGGGACAGAAGACUGAGCCAUUUUCUGGUCUUAUUCUUCACAUGAAGCAUGGGCUUAGAGUCAAAUUUAAUAAGAGAUGUUGA